AUGUAUGAGGAUAGUUCUUGUUUUGAUCCUAAUCCAACGGUGGAAGCAAUCGUCGACAACAAUGGCGGUUACUAUGACUCAACCACGGCGACAGAAACAGACUUUACACAACAGUUCCAACCACCCCUCAUGAUCCCCGGGAUGAGCACAACAAACACCUUCAACGACGAGCUUAAGAUCCCAACAAUGGAUGACUUCUCAGUCUUCCCAUCUCUUGUCUCUUUCCCAAACACAGAAACUCAUAACCAAAUCAGCAACGACAACAACAACAACAACCAUCUGAUCCAACAGAUGAUUCACGAGUCAAACUGGGCUACUUCUGGAGACAACUAUGGAUUCUUGAUGAACACUUCAGAUCAAAACACAAUUCCAACUCCAACUCCUGAUCUUCUCAGCCUCUUGCAUUUGCCUUCAUGCUCAGUUCCAUUACCAAGCUCGAACCUAUCAGAUAUAAUGUCCGGUUCUUGCAUCUCAUACGACCCACUCUUCCAUCUAAACCUUCCUCCACAGCCUCCAGUGAUCCUUACUGCCAAUGACUACUCAGGAUUCUUUCUUGGAAUAGAUACCAAUACUACUACUACUACUCAAAGAGAUCAGCAAAAUGUUGGUGAUGAUGAGAACAACAUUGAUCAGUUCGAUACCAGUUUCGUCGAGUUUAGCAAAAACAUUAGGCGUAAAAGAAGAGGAAAGCAAAAGAACAAGCCGUUCACGACUGAGCGCGAGAGAAGAUGUCACUUGAAUGAGCGGUACGAGGCCUUGAAACUUCUCAUUCCUAGCCCUAGCAAGGGAGAUAGAGCAUCCAUUCUUCAAGAUGGAAUCGAUUAUAUUAACGAGUUGCGCAGAAGAGUAAGUGAGCUUAAGUAUUUAGUUGAGAGGAAAAGAUGUGGUGGGAGAAACAAGAACAAUAAUCAUGAAGUAGACAACAAUAACAAUUUAGACGCUAUUAAUAUUGACAAUGAUGAUCAUGAUGAUGAAAACAUGGAAAAGAAGAAAGAGACUGAUGUAAUAGACCAGUGUUCAAGCAACAACUCGUUGAGAUGUUCAUGGCUGAAAAGGAAAUCAAAAGUAACAGAAGUUGAUGUUAGGAUCGUUGAUGACGAAGUAACAAUCAAAGUUGUUCAGAAAAAGAAGAUUAAUUGUUUGUUGGUUGUCACCAAAGUGCUUGAUCAGCUACAUCUUGGUCUUCACCAUGUCUCUGGAGGGCAGAUUGGUGAGCAUUACAGUUUCUUGCUUAACACUAAGAUAAAUGAAGGAUCAACAAUAUAUGCAAGCGCAAUAGCAAACAGAGUUAUUGAAGUUGUGGAUCAGCACUACAUGGCUGCUCUUCCCAUCAAUAAUUACUAA